AUGCCUGCGGGGUUAAGUGGUUCCCCGGACCCCGGCCCACAAUACGCCCGGCGAAGACAUUUCACCGCCAGCGAUUGGACGCUCUGCCUGCCUGUCAGCCAUCCUGCCUCAAUGCUUCAAUGUCCCUUCUCCCAGCCUGAAAUCAGCCUCUACUCGACCCUCCCUUCUAGGAGAAAUAGCAUUGAUAAUGCCCAGUGCGAGUCCUGCAAGACGAGGAAGGUCAAGUGCAGCGGCAGCCUGCCCUGCAGCCGAUGUGUGGAGCUCAACGCCAAUUGCAAAUAUAACGACUAUGUGCCGCAGCCCGACACCACGUACGAGGCUCCGCGCGUACAUGGAGCACCACCCCGAAAGGACUACGUGACGGGGGAGCUGUCUGAGGCCACCCAACACGACCUCGGACAGCUACUUUCCAGCAUGAGAAAAAUCUGCGACGAUAUUCAAUCCUCCACCAGGCGUUUCAGCAGCCCGUCCCAUCUCAGAUCCUCGCUCAAACGCCGCCAGAGCGAGACCGUGUGCGCGAAUCUCGCAACCAAUACAAGUCCAGUCACUUUCGUCGAUUCUCUCGACCAGGCGAGGCGGAUCCUAGAGCAGCGAGGGGUCAUCACAGUUCCGGCCACCAACAGCCACGCCGAACCGGACCAGUCAGACGUGGCAGAUACGGCCUUCCCUGACGAGAAUCCUUCAGCCGCCCUCGAAGUUGCUCGGCCGGUGCUCGAGAUAGGCCACGAGAAUGCGCUGUCUCAUCUUGCCUCCUUCCGCGACCAAUUAUUUCCCGUAUACCCGUGCAUCGACUUAGCUCUUGCUAAGAAGAACAUCGAUUCGCUAUUCAGAACCUCGCUUCUUUCUUUCGCGGACGGCGCCCAGGACUUGGGUGUAGACCUGAUCGACAUCGAGGCCACCAAGGCGGUCUUGGCUAUUGGCAUGCUCAUCAAAGGCGACACCGAUAGUCCAUUGAGUUCUAACUUGGAGGCUCACCUCAUCUGGAAUGCCGACAACAUCAUGAAACGGGAUCACGCGCAAAUUGAGGAUGUAAUCAUGGGCGCCCUGCUGACCAUCUAUUUCACGUUGCGACAAGAGGUCCGAAAGGCGUGGCGAGUGGCCGGCCUCAUGGUCCAGUCAGCCCUCGAGGUCGGGCUCCAUAAGGAAAGAUAUCAUCGGAAUAGUAACGUUACAGCGGAGCACUCGAGCUUUCUCAAGAGAUUGAUGGCGUGCGUAGUUGACCUCGACAGACGAUGCAGCUUCAUUGCGAAUUUACCUCAUCACCUGCGCGACAGGGAGAUUGACGACAGCGUCUUGGACUUGCACGGUCGGCAUCCUCUUCUUUCGGCAAUGGUCGAUCUGAACAUUAUUCAAGCAGAGUUAUUCGAACUGAUCAGCACUACCAAGGGCGAGACCAUUGGCUAUAGGUCUAAAGAGAUCAAUGAUCGGAUGGACUACCUGGACCAUCGAAUCCAGAAACUUGCAGAAGAAACAUCGCGGGUAGACCUCUUUUCUCCGGAUUCUCUUGUCGUUCCUCCACCUGCCGACCGGGUUGUUCUGGAGUCCUUCUUCCAGAUGCGCACAACAUAUUUGAGGAUGCUGGCGCAUUUUCGAUCUCUGAGCUCCUGUAAGGCACUGGCUUGCAGACCUCAGUCCGCAGAAACUACUAUUGCCUUACCCAAGGCUCUCGUCGAGCUGUACGGGAAGAUGGCCCACGCCGCAGGACCUCGCGGUGUAAGCCAACUCUGGGGCCCCCUAGCAGACCGAUUUAUCAUGGGGUCUGCAUCGUGCAUGUUUCUGGCGGCUUGUUGCAACCCAAACGCCUAUGGACCCGUCUGUCGCGUCGCGUUCCACGCCGCAAUCGAUUACCUACUAGCCUCUCCGUACACGGGCUCUGGGUCGAAGCCGAGACUGUGGUGCUCACUGGACGAGAUGCGGAGGCUUGGCGAGACCAUCCAGAUGCCGACGCCGGACAAGCCAACCCCACAAGCUCUCAGUGCGGAUUCAUCAUCUGAUGCGACAGCAGUCGAGCUUUUGGACUUGCCACAGGGUGUGGAAGACGAUAUAUUUGGCGCAUUUGACGCCACAGAAGACAACUACAUGGCAAUUUUAGGUAUGGUCAGUACACAACUUGACUAUUUGUCCAACCCGAUAUGA